UUCUCCCGACCAAGCUGCAUUUAUGUCAAUGCCACUUCGGCCUGAAUUGGCCCUUUCGGACUCAAAUUCCUAUUUUCCAUAUAUUUCUAUAUCUAACAUACGUCCAAGCACCAAUGAGACAUCAUGAAAGGAUAGGGCUAGACCCCUGCUGACUAUUCGGCGGGUGACUCCACCUGCUCAAGGCAUCAACGCAGCCUCACUUCUCUCCCAAACUCCAACGCUUUCAUCCCAACCUCCAAUCCACAUUAUAAUCCGGUAGGUCGCGAAAGAUACGGUAGGUGGUAGUCAUGGCUUCUCCUGCUUCAACAUGUACUUUGGCUGCGGAAUCAAUUGAUGGCGAUGCUCCUACGGACAUUGACGAGGAGGCAGAGCACGAUGACUUCAAUCAAGCAGAUGACGACACUGCACGCUUUCUCAACAGCAUUGAGGAGUCAACAACUGACGAUGAGCUCGUUCUCGCUGACAUAUACACGCAUCCUGGCGACCAAGAGACCUUGUCUCCCUUGAUGCUGGCAGCUGUGAACCCAGAUCCACGAAUCCUCAAAGCUACACUGCAAGAAGGAAGUCUAUUCUACACAGCCAAAUCGCCAGCUGACAUUGAACGUCGACAACGACUUCGCAUUCCAUUGUCUCCUCGGCCGACUUCGGAAUUCUGGCCGAUUUGCUUCAGAAGCAGUCAAAGUGAGAUUGGGAUCACGACCCCUCUUCAAGAAGCAAUUCGAGCGGGGCUUCCUGAGAAUGUUGAUAUACUGCUUGAUGCAGAAGCAAAUCCCAAUGGGCCUCCCACUUGGGUUAUGGAGAACUAUUCGGCGUUCUUUCUUCGUUUUAGACCAAUUGUUCCAUCUUUUCCAGAUCUUUGUGGAGAUGUGGCGAGCAGAAAAGCACUUUUGGAACGGAUGGACUUGCCUCAGCUCUCGACGCUGACAUGGGAAGAGGUCGAAGAUCGCUUCUGGGAUGGCAUGGCACCUUUCUGGUGUGAGCAGGACUUUGUACCAGCCGAUUUCUAUCCUCACGGAGAGGCGAUACCUGCUAUUGUGGAGGCUGCUAGGUGCGGGUCAAUUGAGAUCUUGGAUGAGCUCCUAGAUGCUGGGGCAGACACGAGCUUCUGGAUGACGCCACAAUUCUUCGUCCCUGCGUAUCCUACACCCAGCAGUCUCAGUGUCUCGAGUCCAAUACAUGCUGCAUUACAGGCACGGGAUCUCGACAUGCUGGAUCAUCUGCUCGCUCUCGGCUUCGAGCCAAACACCAUGCCAUUGUCCAACCCAACGAGGUGUGUCACUCCUCUGAUGGCAGUCAUCACCCAGCAUGAAGAAUUCGACUACGUAGUAUGGGAGACCUUGGCACGACGUCCCAAUAUCAACUUCGAAUUGAGGACGCCUGUUUAUGGAGUCCACUUACUCCAUUUCGCGGUCGCGACCCUAAAUCUCAACAUGCUAGAGCACAUCAUCGACUACACCCCGCUGAAGAAUGCAGGCGUCACCGCUCUAGGCCAUACGUUACUACACAUUGCAUGCAUGCCAGAAAAUGCAAUGGAAGUGCAGCGUCACUCUCAAGUUGUCCACUACAGUAUACACGAGACUCGCGAUCUGCACGCUCGAAACGAUCCUCACGCCCAUCGUCCACCCAAAGGCCGUCACCACGAAUACAAGAAAACGGACCCUCAGGCUCAGAUGGACGUGGUAAGGUUUCUUUGGGAACGUGGAAUCGUCGAUGUCCAGAAAACAGACGUGCAUGGUAACACGGCGCUCCACUAUCUCUGCGGCUUCAGAGAUCCCAACCAAGCACUACUUAAUUGGUGGCUCGAGCAGCCUGGUGUGAGAACCGUUUUCGCGACAAAGCGUAACAUGUAUAAUUCCACGCCUCAAGAUCUGCUUCGAGAGAGUGAACUUGCACAGGAAGCUGAGCUCUCGGGCUGGAAACCCUGGUGGGAGCGGAUGAGGAAGGAGGAGCGGGUUGCUCAGAAGCAGGCUAUUUGGAGAGGUUUGUUGGGUGAUGAGGCAAAGAGGGAACUUUAGGUUUGUAUUCGGAGUUGGAUCGGUCUUUUGUAGGUUGUUUGCUGUUGUGUUUCUGAGUAGGUACGUAACAUUGUCAAUGAAAUUCUUGAUUGUCCACUCCUUGGUGGGAUAUCUUGCGCG